UUAACUUGACAAUUUUUAGGUUAUGUUGUCACUCAGUCGAUCCAACAACAAGUUACCGUAAAAGAAAAUCGCCGGAGUAUUUACGCAACGCAACUGGAAAACAAGACCCAUGGCCGCCACCGCCGGAGCUGUAGCUAAAGUCGGAAAAUCAGUGCACCGCAUUUUCGUGGGCAAUCUGCCGUGGACGGUGGGCCAUCAGGAGCUCCGUGGCUACUUCAAGGAGUUCGGACGCGUCAUCUCCGCCAACGUGAUCUUCGACAAGCGUACCGGCUGCUCCAAGGGCUACGGAUUCGUUAGCUUCAAUAGCCUGACGGCGCUGGAGAAGAUCGAGAACGAGCAACGACACAUUCUGGAGGGCAACUACCUCAACAUACAGAAAUCCUAAAUAGAAAGCA